AUGCCACCCAAGAAGCGCAAUUCUGGGACGACACAGAUCAAGGAUGUGAAAAGUGCCGAAAGUGUCUCUCCAAACAAGAAGGAGUGUCCAGAGUUGUCUUUUAAAAAGCACAGGGACAAGGAUGCGGAGUUCGUGACGCUGUGUAAGAGCCUCCAUGUGACGGACCUGGUUGUACCGCAGUUUGUAGCUCUGGUGAGGAAGUUGGAUGUGAACAUGGAUACCAUCAGCUCCAAGGUGAAUUCAGCACUCACACGAGUGGAGAAGAAGUACGGUGUGCUGCUGGUUCUCUACCAGCGGUUUGAGAAAACGUGCAGGAACAUCUUUGCUCCGGCUUCUGACAAUCCGGAGAGGGAGACCAUGCGGAGCUGCUGGACAAUGUUUCUUUUAGCGAAAGGAAGGGUCUUGCAGAUGGAGGAUGACCUGGUCAUAUCAUUCCAGCUGCUGCUUUGUACGCUGGAGUUAUUCAUCAAGCGUUGCCCUCCAGACCUUCUGCAACCUCUUUACAAAUCAGCCAUCAGGAAAGUUCAAAGCCCUCCGACACGAACAUCUCGGCGCAGCCAGAGCAAGGCCAAGUCCCGACCUCUGGAGCCAGAGGUGGAUUUGCAGCUUCUGAAGACCUUAUGCAAUGAGAAUGAAUGCAAUGGAGAAGAGGUGAAGAAUGUAUACCAGACCAGUUUCUUGGCUUUCCUGGAGUCUCUCGACUCUUCGAAGUCUCCAGAUUUUCCUCAGGCUAAAGACCUCAACCAACAAUACGAAGACCACUACCUCAAGAGUAGAGACAUUGAUGGGCGACUGUUUUUUGACGGAGAUGAGACGGUUCUUCCUUCUAAAUUGGAGAUAUUACAGGAGGAGAAAACCCCAAAGAAGAACCUGCCAGAUGAAGAAGUACUCAUUCCUCCACAGACCCCAAUCAGAACUGUCAUGACUUCCAUUCGGGACCUGAGGGGGGAUCUCACCUCCAACGGCGAUCAGCCAUCUAAUAACCUGGCUACAUAUUUCAAAAACUGCACCGUGGACCCGACGCAGGAUGUGCUGAAGCGCUUGGAGACGGUCGGGCAGGAUUUCAGCCAAAAGUUUGGAGAGACAGUCGGCCCGCACUGUGUAGCACUUGGUUGGCAGAGAUUCAAACUUGGCGUCAGACUGUAUUACAAAAUCAUGGAGGCGAUGCUGAAAUCGGAAGAGAAGCGACUGUCUGUACAAAAUUUCAGUAAACUACUUAAUGACGCCACAUUUCACACAUCGCUGUUGGCCUGCGCUUUGGAGGUGGUGAUGGCAACGUAUGGAGAGAGCAGCUUUAUGACCAGAGGAUACAACCAUGCUGGUGCCGGUAACCCAGUUGAAAAAGACUUGUGCUUCCCCUGGAUACUGGAUGUGGUCCACCUGCCAGCCUUAGACUUCUACAAAGUCAUCGAGAGUUUCAUCAAGGCCGAGCCCACUCUGAGCAAAGAUAUCGUCAAACACCUGGAGACCUGCGAGAACCUUAUCGUGGAGAGGAUUGCAUGGAGCAGUCAACAGCAGCUGGACGAGACGUCAAUCAUCAUCACGUGGAAAGAGGAGGGGCAAAAAAGUGCAGCGUCCACAAAACAAUGGACCUGACGGAAUAAAUGUUGCACAGGAUGAAAUGUUUAAUCCAUUGUACUUCCAAAAAUGCAGGAUUUCUAGAAUUACUGCUAGAUUAAAUACGUCAAUCUUUUGUUUUUAAUAACUUGUAAACUAAAAUGACCUAUUAGGUAAUAUCCAUGCCAUGGCUGAACAUCUGCAUUUCAUUCAUUACAUUCAUGAUGAAUUGAUUUCAUCAUAUUUACAACUACAAUCUAUGCUAUUCAUACAAACAGGCUUUUAAGUGGGAUUUUCUAACUAUCUUUCCUUACAUAUAUAUAUAUAUAUAUAUAUAUAUAUAUAUUCCUAAAGUAUAAUAAAUUAUGGAGUCAUUCAGCAUUUUGGCUUUGAUCUUUCUUCAUCUUCAAUUCCCCCUGUGCUGUAAGCAAAAAGCCCUAAUCGAAUCAUUGUUUGGCAUUGGUUACAUGUAGUAUUCUAGAGACACUCUUAUAGGUUAAAUAGAUUCCCUCCUUCAAAGACA